UUUUUGUGUUUCUGUUGCCAGCUGGGUACGCUCCAUUGCGCUUUGUCAUUGACUUUUACUAAGGAUAUUGGACUCAGAUAUGUUUAUAAUAUCGCUUGAAGUAGAAAAUAUACUCACUAAGAACAUAUACUCACUACAUUGAGGGGUUGGUAAGAGCGGGUUUUAAUUUUAGCGAUGGAAAGCUUAUUUAAGAAAGAACAGUGAGGCGUCAUUUAAGUGUGGAUUUUGGAAUGGGACGCGGUCAGAGGGAUCGUAGCUGCUCUUUUAAUUACGACACGGUAAGGAGCAAAAAAGUGGUCAGGGCACCAGGAUACAAUUAAACCGAAGCAUUAGCAGCGCGGACGAAUAAAAGAGGGAAGUGAGCCUAGGCUGCGGGAAUUCACUGUUUCGAUCAGUUUAUUUGUAACCACCCGUUGCCGCAGGCUCCCACGGACACGAUGGUUUCCGAACCUCGGAGCGGAAUGUGUGGAGUAGCCUCAAGUGAACAGAAAUGAGCGGUGUGUGCCACGGACGAGCGUAGGCAGCGCCUCUGUGGAAAGCGGACUCAGUGUUUCUAUUGUGUUAUAAAGUCGAGCGGUGCACAAGAUGGUUCAUCCUCCGCUGGAGUUCAGCGACUGCUAUCUGGACAGUCCGGAUUUCAGAGAGACUCUCAAGUGCUACGAGCUGGAGCUGGAGAGGACAAACAAAUUCCUCAAAGAAGUGAUCAAAGACGGGAAUAGUGUGAUCACUGCAAUCAAGGGAUACUCUUUGGCAGUGCAGAAGUUUUCCCAGACUCUCAGUGUGUUCCAGUUCGACUUCAUCGGCGACUCACUGACGGAUGACGAGAUUAACAUUGCGCAGUCAUUCCAGGAGUUUGCUGGACUUCUGCAGGAAGUGGAGCACGACAGGAUGAUGCUGGUUCAGAAUGCAUCAGAUCUACUCAUCAAGCCCUUGGAGAAGUUCAGAAAGGAGCAAAUAGGAGUAACAAAAGAAAAGAAAAAGAAGUUUGAUAAAGAGAGUGAAAAAUAUUACUCCCAAUUAGACAAACACUUGAAUCUCUCUGCCAAGAAGAGAGAGACUCAGCUUCAAGAGGCUGAUGAACUCCUAGAUAAAGAGCGUGUAAACUUCUAUGAAUCUUCAGUCGAGUACGUAUACCAGAUACACCAGGUUCAGGACAGGAAGAAGUUUGACGUGGUGGAGCCGGUGCUGGCGUUUCUUCACAGCAUUUUAACACUUAACAACCUGACAGUGGAGAUGACUCAGGACUUCAUGCCUUACAAGCAGGAACUGCAGCUAAGCUUGCAGAACACAAGAAACAACUAUGAAAGCACUUGUGAGGAGUUGGAGGAGCUAAUGAAAAGGAUGAAACAGCCUUCCCAGAUCUAUAAAAUGCACAAUUUUCCAAUGAGGGGUUAUUUGUAUUGUCAGGAGAAGCGGGCUCUGGGUAUGACAUGGGUCAAAUAUUAUUGUAAGUAUCAGAAAGAGGGGAGAGUGCUAGUCAUGGUACCUUGUGAACAGAAGACUACAACUAAACAGGGCUCCAUACAGCUCACACUGAAAUCCUGCAUCCGCCGGAAGACAGAAUCCAUAGAUAAGCGCUUUUGCUUUGACGUGGAAACCAUCGAGAGAAACACGCCAGUCACUUUCCAAGCUCUUUCGGAGGGAGACAGGAAGUUGUGGAUGGAGGCCAUGGAUGGAAAAGAGCCUAUUUAUCAUUCACCAAUUCACAAGCAAGCUGAAAUGGAACUGAAUGAAACUGGAUUCAAGUUUGUGCGAAAGUGCAUCAAUUACAUUGAAACAAAAGGAGCCACACAGGAAGGAGUGUACAGGACGGUUGGCAGCAACAUCCAAGUGCAGAAGCUUUUAAACGCCUUCUUCGACUCUGCAAACCCAGGAGAUGUGGAUCUCCACAGCAGCGACUGGGAUGUUAAAACAGUCACAAGUGCUUUGAAGUUUUAUCUCAGGAGUUUGUCUGAACCUCUAAUGACCUACAGUCUGCACAGAGACCUCAUGUGUGCUGCAAAGUCAGAUAAUCUGGACAUUCGACUGAGUGAAAUCCAUUCACUUACCUACAAGCUGCCAGAGAAGAAUCGGGAAAUGCUGGAGAUGCUUAUAAAGCACUUGGUGAACGUGUGCAGCCACAGCGACGAAAACCUGAUGACUUCUUCAAAUAUGGCGGUUAUCUUUGGGCCCACGCUAAUGAGAGCAAAGGAGGAAACUGUGGCGGCCAUGUUGGAUAUCAAGUUCCAAAAUAUCGUGGUUGAGAUUCUGAUAGAGCACUGCAAAAAGAUCUUCAGUCAUAUGCCAGAGGACAGCACUGCCCCACCUGUCCCUCCCCCGCGGAUCAACCCGAGAAAACGGCAACCCAUCACAAUCUCCAAGCGACCGGCUCGUGUUUAUCAAGCUCUUAGUCACGAGCUUUACCAGCACACUGAGAAUGGUCAGAGUGACAAUUCCAACGUGGAUGAUGAAAACCCAGUGAGCCCCACUCCCAUACAGCGUCAAAGGAGACAAGUAUUAGUACCCAGAGCAGCUAUCCGUCAAGACAGGCAACCAGAAUCUGAUGCUUCUUCAGCAGGGAAUGGGGAGCCUGGGAUCUACGUGAGCAGGGUGCCAUCCUUUCAGGGCAAAAAAACACCUGCAAAAGGAGCAACCACCAAAGAAGGAGAUUCUGAUGGUCUGACCAGAACAAGGUCUACAGAGAAACAGCAGAUAUGUAGACCCCCAGUUAGGCCUCCUGAGCCACCGUCCAGGUUCCCCGCUCCACAAAAGCUUCCAACUACAGCCAGCAGUGAGGGCACAACCACAUCCUACGUUGCAUCUAAAACAAAGUUUUUUGAAAACGCCUCCAGGCAAGUCGGCAGUCCAGCGGGUUCAUCAUCAACAUCGGCAGUAACGACGGUAAAAAAAGAGAUUGGCAGCAAAUCACGAUGCUCUCAGUUGAUGGAUGUACAGUGCUGUGAAAAAGUAUUUCCAUCUUAAGUCUCCCAAUACAAGCACAUAACCUUAGCUACGGAGGCUGCUGUAGGACAAACACCUUUAUCAGAAUUUAAGACUGUACUCUGUAACUGCUCCAGACCACCAACAUGUUUCUACUACUAUUUCUGUAUAAAAAAACUUUUUUGCACACACUCAAUUUGAACAUAUUUGAAUAAUAUGAAGUAUAAUAUGAAAUAUUUAAAUAAUAUCAACACUUUAUGUACUUCAGAGUUUUAAUUUUUACCCUGGAUCAAAUAUAAAAACUGGCCACCGUUCAUCUUCGGUGAGUGCAGGUUGUCAGCCUACUGUUUAUCUCAGAUGUCAACAUGUGUCCAUUUCUGUUUAUUUUGGAGGAGAAAAUUCCCAAAAGUAUGAGUUGAUGAGUGAAAACUGUCCACUGACAGUUGUUGCUAAGGAUAUCAUGAACUUUUCUCUCAGUAAGCAUUGCUGUUUUUGCCACUGUUAGCCAGCGUUUGAAGUAUAUCUAACACGUGGGUUUUUUUUUUUGGUUUUUUUUAAAAACCACUUGAGCCUAACAUUAGCUGGCAUAACCAGCUGUUGUUGUUUAGCCGGCUCAGCUGUCUGGAGAUGGGACGGUUGCAUGUCUAAUCUGCUGACAAUUUCAGGAAUGAAUAAAUAUAUUUAUGCACUGUUUUUGUACGUUAGAGCCCUGACUGCAGUUCAGGAGAAGAAGCUUGAGGUGAGGAGCAAGAGCAGUGGUGUUUGAGGAGAAGGAAAUGAUUAUAAAAUGAUGAUGAAAAUAUAUCCCCAUUACACAAACAUAUACAUUAUACAUGACCGUAUGAUCAUUUAGCAUAUGUACAAAUGUUAACAUUAUAGCUUGAGCUAAUUAUGAUCUAUCCUAUGGUCUGUCCCAGCCCUAUACUGUAUAUUUUUAAUGGAUUCAUUCACUGUUCAUGAGGACACAUUCCCUCAAUAAAUGCAAUAAUAAUAUUAAAAUUUAGUUGACGAUCUGAAACAUGUAACUGUGGCAAAUAUGCAAAAAAAAGUACGUACAGCUUCUGUACAUCACUUCCUGGUGUAGUAUGACGUUUGUGUAGUAUGCUGUGCAGUGGAUGAAGUUUACAUUUAAGAUUUCAAACAGCAACACCAAACGACUGGCGUACUGCAUCAGGUACAUCAGGUGACUAAAAUGUUCUUACAUUCUUUCCAUAUUUGAAAGAGGCUGUCUGUUCCUUUUUCUAGGAAUUUAAGUGAGGAAGAUGUGGCUGACAUCAUGUGACCUUUGGGAGCACAUCGAGCUGGAGGGAGUCACCACUAAUGAACUUAAAUCAAUCCAGUUUGUGUAAAAAUAGACUGAGGAAAUGGCUCUUAAUUGAAUUACUUGGUGUAAGGAUCUUGUUGUGAAGCGAAGCCGUAGCAGACUGACUUUUUAAGGAGUUCGCAAAGUUACUGGUUCUGUGUUCAGUUAGCAUUCCAAAGUUAGGCUGGAGUAAAAAUAAUUUACCUUUGUUUAUUUUGUUAAAUAAAAUCUCUCUUGUCCUUUUACAGUGUUUAAUAGUUUGAUUUGGUCAUGACACCAACUGUGUUUGUCGGGGUAAACUGCAGUGCUGGUUAUAACUUGUUGCUAACACAAAUCUCCCAAAGAAAACUAAUUCAUUUAAAACUGCCUAAAUUAGUUUAAUCAUUGUACAUUAGUAAAUGUGAAUUUUUACUCUCGCUAGAUUUUGAAUAGGAUUAUGAAGUGGCCCGCGUAUUAUACUUGCAACAAGAAAAACUACAGUGUGUCAUGUAAGUUCUUUUGCUGACGAGCCAGCUAAAACAUUGACACUGAUCAGAAAAAUACUAUUUUUAUUUUUUAUUUUUUGUCAAUCUGGACAAAGGGUAAGCAAACACUUUGGUUAACCUAUUGAAAGUCACUUUUAUGAGGCAUUACAGAGAAGUACUUAUGCCGUCACCUCCGAUCUUGUCAGUGUAGUUUGAAUUCACACUGAAUGUAGUGGUAGCGUUAACGCAGCUCAAACAUAAAACAAACUUGACUGUUAGAGUAUGUGAAAAUAACACUCCAGUGUUUUUGCUUCCAUUUCUGUGUUCUUAAAAUUGUUAUGUAAAUUUUACACUUGUGUGUUAUGUGUUUGUUGAUAUUGUUGUUUUAAUUUUACAUUUUUUAAUCCAGCUUUUAAAAUUCAGGUUGAUUUCUGGUUUUAAAAAAAAGGAAAAAUAAACUGAAGGACUUCUAAACCAGA